AUGCUAAGGAAGUAUGGCUACUACGACCUACCAGAACUGUCAGUGCCGUAUGAUUAUAACAAGAAGCUUCGACCGAACACUGGAAGACCAGUAGAGCAGCUAAGAUACUCAAAGAUAAUUAGAAGUCUUAUGUACGUGAUGAGCUGCACAAGGCCAGAUAUAGCAUUUGCUUCACCCAAAAAUAUCCUCCAUAAAUUGCUAAGUAGGCAGCGCUUUGAUCUCACGAGCACAAGCUCCCGUCCAAAAAUCUCCUCUAUGCUUUCCUCUCGAUUUCUCUCUUUUAGAAACCUAAUAAUUUCUUCUUCUUCUUCAGUCCUCUUCCCCAAAAGCUUUACUUUCCAGUCCAAAAAGCCCCAUAAUAUUUAUUCUAGCCCUUCAAGGGUCUUUAGAGGAACAAGCUCCCCCAUUUCAAAGUCUUAUCCUUUCUCUUCGCCCAAGCUUUCCUUCUCCGAAAUGGCGUCUCAGUCUGCGACCUCCGUCCACGACUUCACUGUCAAGGAUGCAAGGGGAAAUGAUGUGGAUCUGAGCACCUACAAGGGGAAGGUCCUGUUGAUUGUGAACGUUGCGUCUCAAUGUGGACUGACUAACUCGAACUAUACGGAGCUCAGCCAACUGUAUGAGAAAUACAAGAAUCAAGGUCUGGAGGUCUUGGCUUUCCCAUGCAACCAGUUUGGAGCCCAGGAACCUGGCAGCAACGAAGAGAUCGUAGAAUUUGCUUGCACCCGUUUCAAGGCUGAGUACCCUAUCUUUGACAAGGUGGAUGUUAACGGGGACAAUGCUGCACCGAUCUACAAGUUCUUGAAGUCGAGCAAGGGUAGCCUGUUCGGGGACAACAUCAAGUGGAACUUCUCCAAGUUCUUGGUCGAUAAGGAUGGUCAUGUCCUUGAGCGUUACGCACCGACUACUUCCCCUCUCAGUAUCGAGAAGGAUAUCAAGAAGUUGCUGGGAGUCUCCUAAACUCAGUGAGGUUUAGAGUUGGACGUUGGGGUAUAAGUAAAUUUGGGACUAUGCUUUAAAUGUACCUGUUAUCAAUAAAUUUGGAACUAUGCUUUUAAUGUACAUAUGUAAGAGAUGUUGGAUCUAGUUUAUUACUUCUGUUCACACUUCAAUAAUAUUUUUGAUGCCUAAUAAAAAUGGAGUCUUCUUGCAAA